AUGGACGGCCCAAUCUACUAUUCCAAAUCGGAAUUCAUUGAAACUGACACUGGAAACAAGGUAUCACGACGAGCGACAAUCGCUGGACCGCAAAAUAUCAUCCUCGGAGGCAAAACCAUCAUCUCUAGCGGGGCUAUCAUACGUGGAGACCUGCGUCGGUCUGGUCCUGGUCAUGCCGUCGUUAUCUCGCUGGGUAGAUAUUGCUUGGUAGGAGAAGGUUGCGUGAUGCGACCUCCAUACAAGACUUAUCGCGGCGCUUUUAACUAUUACCCCAUGAAGAUUGGAGACUAUGUUCACAUAGGCGCCAACACCGUCGUCGAAGCUGCAACCAUAGGGAAUCACGUCGAGAUUGGGAAAAACUGUGUGAUUGGAAAAUUUACUAUUAUUAAAGACUGCGCAAAGGUUGCGGAUAAUACCAUUGUUCCCGCUAACACAGUGAUCCCGGCUAUGGCUCUGUUUUCUGGGUCUCCCGCUCAUUUUGUAGAAGACCUGCCAGAAUCCACACAAGAAACUAUGGAGAAUCAGACCAAGCAGUAUUACACUCGAUUUCAGCCGGCAGACCAGCAUCGAUGA